AUGGAGAAUAAUAAUGAAAAUUAUAACAAAAAUUUACUAUCAGAUAAAGAGUUCUUUGACUGGAUUCCAUUAGGUUAUAGAUUUUGUCCAAAAGAUUGUGAGCUCAUUGAGCAUUAUUUGAAGAAGAAAAUCAAUGGUGAAAAAUUGCCAACAAAUGAUUUUCGAGAGAUAUGUACUAUCAAUCUUCAUCAUCCUCAAGAACUUUGCACUACGGAAAAUAUGCAUCAAAGAGGGGGCAAGUGGUAUUUCUUCACUUCAAGAGAAAGAAAGCACAAAAAAGGCAGCAAACCAAAUAGAGAAGUCAAAGGCAAAGGCUAUUGGAAGGCUACAGGUGUUGAUGCUGAAAUUACAAAAAAUGACCAUAUUAUUGGCUACAAAAUGACACUUGAUUUCUAUGAUCAAAAUAAAAUAAAAUCUCAGUGGAAAAUGCAUGAAUUUCGUCUUGAUCGAAAAAGUUCUCCACCUGAUUUGGACAAAUAUGUGUUGUGCGAGAUCUAUAUCAACACUGCGGCUAAGAACGACAAUAACGACGAGGCUGCAAAUUCUCCCAACAUUGACAAUAAUAUCAUUGGUCAAGACGAUCCGAGUCUUGAAAUUCUCAACAUGUAUCCUUAUGAAGAAAAAAUGGAGCAUGAACAAAAUUUUGCAGGUUUCAACAACAAUUUGGAGUUUGGUGGUGAUCAUCAAUUUGGCCAAGAAAUUACUACUCCAAAUUUGAUAUCAUCAUCAAGUAAUGUUCAUCAGCUUCCAAAUUAUGGUGAUCAUGGAAAUGUUUGUUGCUUUCAAGGUUUUGAUGAGCUUGGUGCAGUGAUCAAAGGCGGAGCUAGAAUUUGAAGUUUGCAAAUUCAGAAAUUAUUACCGAAUUCAUAGCUUGUCUCAGUUACUCAGUUCACGGAUUAGGGUAGAAUGUUAGUAGGUAAUUGAACGUUAGUCUCGCUUUCCUGUGGGAUAGACUUGGUAGCUUGAUGCACUGUACGUGUUUCUCCAAACAUACCAGUAGUAAGCAUUUUUCUCGUAGUUUCUUGUCCUGCAAUUUUUAU